UUGCACUGCAGCCAGGAGCUUCAGUGGCGAUCUCUGCCUAUCACCCUAUCAAUCGGAGGGAGAAUUAGACUGAUUAGACGCUCUUAUUGGCAGAGCCUUGAACCUUUCCCAUCACUCCCUCGACUUCUAGAACAGCUGGAAGGCUUUGUCUCCUUAGCAGCAGCAGCAGCAGCAGCAAUCCUGAAAGGAGUUUAGGAUUCCUGCUCAUGCAUUAAUUCUCUCUUAAUUCUCUCUUGUCUGGAUUCAGUCUUGUCCUGAAGACUCGAAUCAAGAUCUUGGCUUAUUGUCAGGAGGCUACAAGGAAUCAGUGGUGCAGAGAAGCAGCACCGUACAGGAUAGUACAAUAAAGUGUAUGUGUGUGCUGAGACUUGACAUCUUAACAAGAAAGACGCAUCACCUGAAGUAUUAGUGUCGCCCGCAGGAGUGAAAUUCAUCAUCGUCCUGAAAAGACUCUGUUUGCUGCCUCUGGCUCAGUGGAUUUUGACCUUCGCUCACACGCAAACCGUUAAAAACCUUUCAGGACGACGUGCUGGGUCCUUCUGCCCUCGUCUGGGGUUGUUGAAUGCCCCACCUGAGCAGUGGCUCUCUGAGACCCCAGCAGGGAACCAUGGAGAACAACACACUAACCUGCAAUCCUGCAACCUUCUCCCAGGUGUUUGGGCGCCAGGGCCAGCUCAUGCAGGCAGCUGUGCAGUCACUGAACACCCUGAAUGACCAGAUCGCUCACUUUAUGGUAAACGGGCCCAAGGCCUUGAAUGAUGAAGAUGACACCUUCCUGCCCAGCGAGAAGGAAACUCUGAAGAAAUCCAUGACCUUAAUGAGACAACUGCUAAUGGAUGCACAGGCCAAAAUCCUUAAAAUGAUGGAUGACAACAAACAGCUGGCUCUGAGGAUCGAUGGGGCAAUCCAGUCCGCCAGUCAGGAGGUGACGAACCUGCGAUCUGAACUGACAGCUACCAGCAGGAGACUGGCUGAAAUAAGCGCCUCUGAGCCCACCUCUAUCAUGGAGAACAAUCAACACAACACCCAAGAUCCAUCUGUCCACCAAAGGCAAAAGGCAGUGACUGACAUUUGCUUAAAAACUGACAUAACCAGCCUGAUGGACUUUAGCACCCCUGAUUCAUCGCUCGACAAAGUGAUGUUGCGGGAGGAGGUGGCGCAGCUCCAGGAGGAAGUCCAGCUGCUCCGUCAGAUGAAGGAGAUGCUGACCAAGGACCUGGAGGAGUCUCACGGGGGCAAGUCUGCCGAGGUGCUCUCUGCCACCGAGCUCAAGGUGCAGCUGGCACAGAAAGAGCAGGAGCUGGCACGAGCCAAGGAGGCCUUACAAGCCAUGAAGGCAGACAGGAAGCGCUUGAAAGCAGAGAAAGCGGACUUGGUGAACCAGAUGCAGCAGCUGUAUGCCACUCUGGAGAGCCGCGAGGAGCAGCUGCGGGACUUUAUACGCAACUACGAGCAGCACAGAAAAGAGAGUGAAGACGCAGUGAAAGCCCUGGCAAAAGAGAAGGACCUGCUGGAGCGAGAGAAGUGGGACCUCCGACGGCAAGCCAAAGAGGCGACGGAGCACGCCAGCACCCUUCGCUCGCAGCUCGACCUGAAAGAGAACAGGAUCAAGGAGCUGGAGGCCGAGCUCGCCAUGAUGAGUAACUGUGUGGCUCAGAAAAAGGAGUAUCGUGUGUUUGAUCGCUCCGCAGAGAAGGAGCCCCCCUCGAGGGUGAUGGCGGCGAAGCAGUCUCUAGCCACGUUGACCAAGGAUGUUCCCAAGAGGCACUCGCUGGCCAUGCCCGCUGAGACACUGCUUAACGGCAACCAGGAGUGGGUGAUGCAGGCCGACCUGCCCCUGACCGCAGCCAUCCGCCAGAGCCAGCAGAGCCUGUACCACGUGCACCAGCCACACCCCGCAGCGGACAGGGCAGCAGUGAGAGUGAGCCCCUGCCACUCGCGGCAGCCCUCCACCAUCUCCGACGCCUCUGCCAUCGAGGGAGACCGCUCGUCCACGCCCAGUGACAUCAACUCGCCCCGCCAUCGGACGCACUCCCUGUGCAACUCACUGGAGGAUCUGGAAGACCAGAAGCGCAAGAAAAAGAAGGAGAAGAUGGGUCUGGGUUCCUUGUCACGGGUCUUUGCCAGGGGAAAGCAGCGCAAGUCCAUGGAUCCAGGCCUGUUUGAUGAUUCAGACAGCCUCUCCAGCCCCACCCACCUGAGUCUAAGCCUAUCAGAUGGUGAGGAUCAGAUGGACCGCCUCCAGCAGGUAGAGCUUGCCCGAGCCACGCCCAUGUCUCACUGGAAGGCGGGGACUGUGCAAGCCUGGCUGGAGGUCAUCAUGGCCAUGCCUAUGUAUAUCAGAGCCUGCACAGACAACGUCAAGAGUGGCAAGGUGCUGCUGGGUUUGACGGAUGAAGACCUGGAGCUGGGGCUGGGUGUUACAAGCUCAAUGCACAGGAGGAAGCUGCGACUGGCCAUUGAAGAUUACCGGGAAGCAGAGACAGGCAAGGGGCUGUCAAAAGCAGCUGAUAUGGAUCAUCACUGGGUGGCCAAGGCCUGGCUGAGUGACAUCGGGCUGCCCCAGUACUCCCAGGCCUUUCAGAACCACCUGGUGGACGGGCGCAUGCUGAGCUCGCUCGGCCGCCGAGACCUGGAAAAGUACCUGAGCGUGUCCAAGAAACUGCACCAGGUCAGCAUAAUGCUGGCGAUCGAGCUGCUGCACCUGCUCAGCUUCGACAAGGAGGUCCUGCAGGAAAGGAGAUCGCACUGUGAGAAUCAAAACACUGACCCCAUUGUGUGGACGAGCCAGCGAGUGAUGAAGUGGAUCAGAGACAUCGACCUCAAGGAGUAUGUGGACAGUCUGCAGAACAGUGGGGUCCAUGGAGCAGUUUUGGUGCUGGAGCCUGCCUUCCACACAGAGGCCAUGGCAAACACCCUGGGCAUCCCCAGCAGCAAGCACAUCGUCCGCAGACACCUCAUGGAGGAGAUGAGGGCCCUGAUAAGCUCUGCCAGAGUGGGUUUACAGCAGGGUUAUGAGAGGUCCAUCCCCCCCACUGUCAUACUGCAGGGCUCACUGGGGCGCCUGUCCAGCUCCAUGCACAGGCCGAAUGCAGACGAGCACAGCCUGAAGGGCAGGACAGGCAAGCCUCCUCUGUCCAAAGCGUUCAGUGGGAAGGAGCUCGAUGGACGUUACAACUCCCUCCCGAGAGAGGGCCAUGGAGGGGGCAGGCCGCACAAGCCUGAAGGGAGCCCCAAGCACAGUUUCACAGAGAUAGAAGUCACCAAUGUGUAAAACACCACUUGAGGAGAAAAUUGAACCACUGUGUGUCAGGAACCAGGAUGGAGAGGGAUUACAGUCUGUACAAAGGAGUUCCACAGGCUGAUGUUGUUUACAGGCCCACAAGGCUAUGUUAACUGGAUGUUCUGUCACCAUGGAAACCUGCAGAAUCCCAGGCUAGCGCUGUCUGAAUAUUUCAAGAAGUGGCUUAGAAAUGGAGAGCUUUUACUGCACUUUUAUGACAAAAUGAAAAAAAAGUUAUUUCACACUGCUAAACUGUGGAAUUAGUAUUUAAAUUUAGGUAGCAACAAGGUGACAGCAGAGGUCAUUCAUAUGGGAAAUGUGUCUUAAAGCACUAGGACCUCUCUGAAGUUAAUCAAUAGGACAUUUACAGUAUCUCUGUUUAAAACAGUGCCAUUCAGUGCCACAUACAUCAAUGUGCUCCAUUAUUAUUCCGUCACCUUCCUGUAUUGAGAAUAAAGACACAAUGUUUAACUGCAUCUUCCAAUACUAUUGCAAGAUACAUCACUAUAAUAUACUGCCUUUACAUUGAAAAAAUGAGGGGUGUGUGGAAUGUAGGUAAUUUCUUGUAAGUAAUUCCCCGCAUUCCACUUGAAGAAUAAACACAGAUGCCAUUGACAAUCAUUGCUUGAGUAGCGAGGAUUUACUGCUGGGAACUUGGGGCCUCUGUGCACAGACGUGCUGGAAGUGCAGUAAUGAAGUCCUUCUUAUUAUUAUUUUAUUUGACCUUUAUUUUACCAGGAAGCCACUUGAGAUUAAGACCCUUCCCAAAAAUAAACAUUAAAGAGGAAUUUAGUUAAUUAAUAACUUUGAAAAACCUGCAUUUCCACCAAACCUUUACCAGGGGACAGUCUCUACACACAGCAGUGUGGAGUAGUGGUUAGGGCUCUGGACUCUUGACCUGAGGGUCGUGUGUUCAAUCCCAGGUGGGGGACACUGCUGCUGUACCCUUGAGCAAAGUACUUUACCUAGAUUGUUCCAGUAAAAACUCAACUGUAUAAAUGGGUAAUUGUAUGUAAAAAUAAUGUGAUAUCUUGUAACAAUUGUAAGUCGCCCUGGAUAAGGGCAUCUGCUAAGAAAUAAAUAAAUAAAUAAAUAAAUAAAUAAAUAAAUAAUAACAAGGGUAAUCAGCAGGGCAGGCACAGUGUUCUGACUUGUCUCCAGUAUUGCUGUAUAUUAGCUUCCCAUCAUGUCAUGUUAAGCCCUCAGGCAGCUGGUAGGAGUGUUUUGGAAGGGCAUGGGAACUUGGCUUUAUUUAAUAUGCCACUUUGAUCAGAGACAUACCUGUAUUACUGUGUAUAUAAGCACUUACCAAAUAUUCUGCAAUGGGCAAUGGCAGCACAAGAGAAGCGACAAUGGUGGAUGUUACAUUUUCACAUUUGGACAAGCCAAUGGUAUCUUAAUGCAAACUUGAUUUAAAGCCACCUCUGUUAAAAUACCAGUUCACAAUUAAGGCCCAGGCCCAAUUUGCUCCUAUUGAUGGCAAUGUAAAGUCAUCUUAAAUAUUAAGACCACCCCUAUAUUCAGUGUUAGGUCUACCCAUUGCUGUAUCAAGUCUAUGUUAAGUUACCUCUCUAAUAAGCACAAAAUUAUUUAUAUAUUUUCAUUUAUUUAUUUGGCAGAUGCCUUUAUCCAAGGCGACUUACAGGUGUUACAGGGCAGUACAGGGUUACGAUGCAAGUUUAAUAUUUAAAUACAGUGUAGUUUACAGUAAGUACAAAUAAUACUACUAAAAUACAAUAUGAAAUAGGAUGCAACAAGUUAGGAUUACAAGUUAUAUCUACAAUGACAUAUUAGCAGUGCAAUAGUGCAAGGACAGUGUAUCAGCUGAGGAUCCAGUAACAUGGUGCGUAGGUCAGGCUAGUCGAGUGCAUAGUAAGAGGGGUUGAUCAAGACGUGCUAAAAACUACCAACCAUCUUGUUGUAAACCCUUUAAAAACUUGGGUGCAUCAUGGGACUCAUUUGUACAUUUGCUUUGGUAAAUAACAAAACUGACACUGAAACAAGCAAACUACUUUUUAAAUAGUGAAAAUCGUUAAUUUAUUGCAAGAAAUUCAAUGUAUCUUCAGUAAUAGGGACACCCUUGUAUUAAGGCCAUUUUGUUGGAUUCUUCAUUGGCCUUAGUAGAGAGGCUUCAUGAACCAAUACAUACUGGUUAUCAUUGGCCCCUUAGCACAUAACCACAGCAUUGUCAUUGGAAAUCAUUUGGUAAAGGCAUAUCAGAACAACACACAUAUCACUGAUGAAGGCUUGAGCCAAAACCCUUGUUUACUUCUGUAUUUUGUAACAAUGUUAGUUUGUUUGACCUUUCACAGUUAGUGCAAACUUUACAGUUAAGUCAAUGUUUUGGUAAACAGGAUCAUUUAUGGGUUUGACAGUUGCCACUCCCUAUACUGUGCAUACCCCCAAGCAGAGACACAGUUCUUCAGACCAUAGGCAAUCAUCUGCAGAAGAGGGACUCUUCCGUGCUAGACAGACAAUUGUAAAAACUGUUGUAUUCAGAACUAGUAUUCUGAAUACUUGGUUUAGGAGAGGUUGCACAGUACCAUUUCUAGGGCUAGUUUCAGGUGUAAGUAGCUUCAACUUAUAUAUAUUUUUUAACUGCAUCUUUGGCAGCAAUUACAGCUGUGAGUCUUUUUGGGUCAGUCUCUACCAGCUUUGCACAUCUGGAUCCUGCAAUUUUUGCCCAUUCUUAUUGGCAAAAUUGCUCAAGCUCUGUCAAGUUGGAUGGAGACCGUUGGUGAACAGCAAUUUUCAAGUCUUGCUACAGAUUCUCAAUCGGAUCGAGGUCUGGGCUUUGACUGGGCCAUUCUAAGACAUUCAGGUUCUUAUUUUUAAACCACUCCAGUGUAGCUUUGGCUGUGUGUUUAGGGUCAUUGUCCUGCUGGAAGGUGAACCUCUGCCCCAGUCCCAGGUCUCUUGCAGACUGAAACAGGUUUUCCUCUAGAAUUUCCAUGUAUUUGGCUCCAUCCAUCUUGCCCUCAAUCCUGACCAGUUUCCCAGUCCCUGCCGAUGAAAAGCAUCCCCAUAACAUGAUGCUGCCACCACCAUGCUUCACCGUGGGGAUGGUGUUCUCAGGGUGAUGAGCAAUGUUGGCUUUGCGCCACACAUAGCGUUUUGCGCUAAGGCCAAAAAGUUCAAUUUUGGCCUCAUCAGACCAGAGAACCUUUUUCCACAUGUUUGCUGUGUCUCCCACAUGCCUUUUGGCAAAAUCCAAACAGGAUUUGAUAUGGGUUUUUUUCAGCAAUGGCUUUCUUCUCGCCACUCUUCCAUAAAGCCCAGCUUUGUGGAGCGUCCGGAUUAUAGUUCUCCCAUGGAUGGUUUCUCCCAUCUCAGCUGUGGAUCUCUCCAGCUCCUUCAGAGUUACCAUUGGCCUCUUGGUUACUUCUCUGACUAAUGCCCUCCUUACCUGGUCACUGAGUUUUGGUGGACAGCCUUCUCUAGGCAGAGUCGCGGUUGUGCCAUAUUCUUUCUAUUUUUUAAUAAUGGAUUUAACGGUGCUCCGGGGGAUGUUCAGAGUUUAGGAUAUUUUUUUAUAACCCAAACCUGAUUGGUGCUUCUCCAGAACUCUAUGUCGGACUUGUUUUGAUAGCUCCUUGGUCUUCAUGAUGCUGUUUGUUUAGAUAUGCUCUCUAACAAACUCUGGGGCCUUCCAGAAACAGGUGUAUUUAAUCUAAGAUCAUGUGACACUUUAAUUGCACACAGGUGGACUCCAUUCAACUAAUUAUGUGACUUCUGAAGGCAAUUGGUUGAACCAGAGUUUAUUUAGGGGUGUCACAGCAAAGGGGGUGAAUACUUAUGCAAUCAAGACUUUUCAGUUUUUUAUUUGUAAAUAAUUUUGAAAAAUAUGUAGAUUUUUUUCCCCACUUCGACAUUAUGGACUAUUUUGUGUAGAUCAGUGACAAAAAAUCUUAAUUAAAUCCAUUUUAAUUCCAGGUUGUAACACUACAAAAUGUGGAAAAGUCCAAGGCUGGUGAAUACUUAUGCAAGGCACUGUAUAUAUAUAUAUAUAUAUAUAUUUGUAUAAGAUGUUAAGGUGCUUUGAUUGCACUGGAUCCCAGAUCCAGUUUACAACCCAAAUGGCAAAACACCACAAAACUAGCACUUGUUGCUCUGUUCAUCAGAUUAGUCAGCCCACCACUAGUAUUGUGCAAACCCGAAGAUUAUGUUAAAACACGAAUAGGCAGAGGUCAGCAUGCAGCUACCAGCACCAACAAUAAGGUACGGAACCCACACACAGAUGAGAACUUCAAGCAUAUAUGGCAGGUACUGUAAUCAAGGUCAGGACAUUAGGUCUAGAAACAAAAAUGCUAUCCCUCUUUCAUAAUUAUAAGAGCCGGUACCUUUUUUUUUUUUUUUUUUAAACACUCUCUGUAUUUGUGUUGGACUUCAUAGCUUCUGUGUUUGUAAUGACAGUGUCCUUUGUUUCUGUCAUUACACAGUUCAGCUACAUGGUAGAUGCACUGUCCUUUCUAAUAUAUUUUCCUAUUUUAUGGGGAUGUUGAAGUAUUAUGUCAUCACUGGAGGGGAUGUUACCAUGGUGACGGCCGAUGAGUAGUAAGAAUCAAGGCUCUGAUGACUGGAUCCACAUUUUGACAUCAAAAAUUGAAUAAUUAAGAAAAGUUAACUAUUUUUUUCUGUAAGGAAUGAAAGAGAAAAAUGUAUACUGUAAUCCUUGUUGUAACCCUAACUGUUACAAUAACUGUUUCCCCACCAACCCCUGCUCCUUGCCAUAAAGGGAUUUGUACUGACAUGGAUACAAAUAAACUAUUUAAUCAGCUUCAAGCUGCUUAGAAAAAUUGUUGACAAAAGUAACAUUACAUUAUUGAUAUUUAAAACAUCAAAUGUUGUCAUAAUGUUUUGUCUUGUAGUAGUUACUUUUGUAUGCCAAUAAUAAAUUAUAU